GGCGGCGUCGCCUCGCUAUUGGGCCCCCGCGCGCCGGCCCCCCGACGCGCCGCCGCCCCGCUGCCGCCGUCCCAAGGACGCCCCGGCCACGACAUAACAUCGGCUGCCCCGGACGCCCGCCGCCGCGCACCAGCCGAACACCAAAUGGAGGCCCCGCCGCCGCCCCCGCCACAACAGCCCCCGAAGAAGAAGCCGCCCCAGUCGACCCAACCGGAGACGGCGGAGGACGGCCAGACCCUCUUCGACGACGAGCUUGACCGCUUGCUGCCGGUCGGUACCGUAGCGUCUGUGAUGAGGGCCGCGAUCCCGCCCGAGGCGAAGAUCGGGAGAGACGCGCGGGAAGCGGCCCAAGACUGCGCGUCGGAGUUUGUCGCGUUUGUCGCCUCGGAAGCUUCCGACGCCUGCGCCGCCGCGGGUAGUGCGUCGGCGUCCGAAUCGGCCCAAAUUUGGACCAGAGACCACCCAUCGCCUUCUCUGAUGGACACGAGUCGCGUCGACGGCGUGCCAUCACGCUUUUGACACACGCAGGUAGGAGGAUUAUGACCGGACGCGAUGUGGUUGAUGCCGUGGUGCGCCUCGGCUUCGACCGCCAGGCCGCUCCCCUCGAAGCGUUCCUGGCGACUUGUGUGGAGAAAAGAAGAGGAGAGAACAAAGUUAAAAGAGCGAAGCGCGCGAAGGUUGUUGCUGCCCAGGCCGCGGCGGCCGCAACCGAGGAGCCCGCCGCUCCGGCGCAGCCGCCGCUCGGGCCGGCCUUGCUCGGGCCGCAGCCGAUCUAGUGGGAGUAAGGGUGUGUUUGCCGUACGUUGCGGACUAAUGUACCGCUAGCGGUACAUUAUUGCGGCGAUGGCGUGGUGGGGGUCGUCCGCGGCCGCGUGACCCGCGUCUCGCAUUUUCCGGCUUUCGAGCUCUGGGGGAGUCGAUGGGGGCCUGCGGGAGGCGUCGUGCGGCUCGAUUUUUCAAGAGCCUCGCACGGCAUUGCGGGCGAGAAAAAACGCCUCGCUCUGUCCACUCCGCGAGGCCAGAGACAACUUGAGGAUUUUAGAGUAUACUUUCAGACCGGACAGUGACACGAAGCAAGCGAGCGCGCUGUCCGGCGCCGAUCACAGAGAGCUUGACCCCUCUCAGAGCCAAAGUGAGUUUUUUGCUGAAUUGACCCGCGGGCGCGGCCCGGAAGAUAAUGUCGCGCCUCUUAAUGAUAGCCCUCGCGGGCGUGGCCGCUCUCGCGGUCGCGGCGCCCGAUCAGGCCGCCGCGGCGCCCGUCGACCUCGAGCGCGACCAGCGCGCCGCGGCCGCGGCCGUCGAAGGCCGAGGCGCCCAAGGAGCCCGCGGCCGCCGAGGCGCCGGUCGAGGAGCGCGUCGCCGUCGCGGCACCCGCGGCGCCCGCGGCCGGCGACUGGGAGGCCCAGUACAAUGCCCUGGAGGCGGCCUACCUGGCCAAAAAAGUCGCGGCGGCGCCCGCCGAGUCGGCCGCUGAGGACUACGACGAGUUUGGCGACGAGUUCGGCCUCGGCGGCCUCUUCAAGUUCGUCAAGGGGCUCGUCGGCGGCGAGACCGAGCGGGCCGCCGUCGACGACGCGCCGCCGGCAGCGGUACUCCGCGUCCCGGACCUCGAGUACAAGGUCGCGCGCGGCGACACGUACUUUCUGCGUCUUGCCCAGGGUAUGACGGCGACGUGGCGCGAGUCGCGCGAUGCGCCCGAGCCUCAGACCGAGAGGGAGACCUACGUCGUCGAGGAGCGCGACGACGUCCUGCCGUGCCUCCUCGCCGGCGCGGCCGUCGUCAUGGCCGGGGGCAUGGGCGUCGGCUUCGUGCUCGGGUUGCUCUACGCGUCGCAGCGCCGGCGCCCGGUGCCUGCGACCCUCUACCGCGUCGCCUCGAAGGAUGUUGACGCCGCGGGCUUGGCGGAUUUGGCGCUAGCCGAGGUCGUCUGA